AUGGCUUACCAUUUCGAUGGGAAGGCCAUCUUUUCUACGUGCAACGGCGAAUAUGCUCGACGCGAAAAGAUCCCUAGCAUGCGAACCAUCCUCAGAUCUAAUCCCAUCGAAGACCAGCAGACUAUGGUAUCAAAGCUUCAGAAAGACUUUCCAGAAGUAUGUAAAGCGAUCACUGCGCCGGUUACGGACACGGACGUGUAUGAAUACUUUGACUACUGCGACGCUGCGGUCCAUGGCUUUGAGUUCCUUCGCGCAGUCCUGGAGUACAUUGCCGGACUCAAUGCAAGCGUCAGCGCCCAAAAGGCAACGAGGGUCCAGGAUUAUGUGGGCCGUUGGAAAAGCGCCAACAGUGAAGCCUUCACAUACAUACGACCUUACCAUGCUCUCACCGACCUCUUUACUAAGGAGGACAUCGAAGAGCAUGGGAUUGAAUUCCUAACAGAGGCGAUGAUGCAGAUCAGAAAUCUGAAAAAGCAAGAAGACCACGAUGAAGCUCGUCAAAGCGCACUUCGUCUCCAGAUACAACAUGCACAUAUGAUGCACAACCAACGCAGUUUCACACAGUUACAAGCGCCAGCGCGGUCCCCGUUCCCUAUAAACCUCUCCGCUGCGCAGGGCAUGAGAGCAAGCUCCAAUCCAGAGCACGGUCAGCCUCAACAGCAAGGAGGUUUAGUUCGCCACUUGCCUGGGCCUCCAGGCAAAUGCCCAACUUCGCAAGCACGUUUUCCUCUCCCACGUCUCACGUCAUCAACAGAGGUCUUAGAACAUGUCUAUCCCGGAAGCACAAGCCGUGGGGACUUCCAUAGUGAUCCCAUAACUCACUACGCCAUGGAUGCCCACAUUUCCUGGCCUCCGGAUAGUCAUGUCGCCAUACCGUCUCGAGGUCUUCCUGGUCCGUUCAGUUACCGCCCACUGCCCCCUCCGACCCAACCUGUUCCGCUCCUUAACCGUAUAGGAACUUUCGAUGGCAAUCUUCCCAAGGGAAAGAAGAACCCCAAGAAAACUUCCUCAGACGAUGCCCGAAUGGUGUCCAACACGGAAAAUGGCCCACGUCAGGCAUCCAAUGGUGCAAACCCGAAGCGAUCUUUUGCUCUUCAGAACAUACAAUUGCCAUUCUAUCCUCGAUCGCCUGAUGCCAUACCGUUGGGCCAAGAAAUACGCCCUUCUUCAGGAGGGGUGCCAUAUUCUGGUUACUAUCAACAACCCAACUUGCCUCCAGGUCACAACUCAGGCAACGGCCAGGAGACAUUUCAUCACCCGCCUGACUAUGGACAGAUGUCAAUGCAACCUGCAAUGGAGGGUCGUUCACGUGUAGUGUCGAACCCUUACUCGCCAGCUGUCCAUGAACUACAGGGACCAACCCAAGAUCCGCGUCCCACAGUACUAAAUCUUCCCAUACCAACUAAUGUGCGGCACCAAGGAGUCAGUGCGAAGGGACAAGCGUUCGAAGAGAACGCCGGCUUUGUUUCGACACAGGUGCGACCACACCACUCCCAGCCGCUAGACCCACACGCCUUUGGACACCAACUUCCAGAUCGUCAAAUGGACGCUCAAGAUCGACAAGACCCGAUUCCAGAGUUUCAGAGACCCGCGCUCGCCCCCAUGCCAAACGCUAGUCAACCCCCAUUUCCGCGAACCCCAGAGCGUUCAAGGGCAAAUGAAAAUCCUAGACGUCCAGUGCAGGAGGGCUGCACGAUCUGGAUCGGUGGACUACCAAAGGACUUCGACAAAGCUGCUGUGAUGCAUCUACUUAGACCGUGUCGAGGGCUCCUUGACGUUAGUGAGCCGAGGGAAUCUUCGCCAGUAAAAUAUCACAUUAAUCGUUCAUUUGCAUUUGCAGACUUCCAGAGCCCUGUUGAUGCUGCCGAAGCACUGGAACGUCUACCUCAAACGCGAUUUGCGAGCUUACCCGAGGGAAGUUUCCUCAGUACAAACUACCCCAGGCCCAAGUUGUACGCGUCACCAGGCCACUGUCAGCAUGGAAGCGACGGAGAAUCGAAGCGGCCAGUAUCCAAUGUCUCGCCAACAAAGUCAUGCAAGGGCGAAGACUCCACUCGUGUAGGGAAAUCAAAAAUUGAACAUGGCCGCAAAUCAUCGAAAGGUUCGGCUCGAGGGAAGAAACAGUCUACCAGCAGUUCAGAAGGAAAGACGGGAAUACCUUCUGAGCGUGUCAUUGCAGUGGACGUGGGCCAGAAGGAGUCAGGCCUACAGCCUCAAGAAGCAGUUGCAAUUCCAGAUUCUUAUGGCAAAGCAGGAUCAACGGCCCAUGUGAGUCAGUCUGGUACAGACGGCCAAGUAGAUUCGAGACCAAUGAACCAGGAUCCCGCACUCGUUCAGCCAGGCGCCAGCGUAGAAAUGCAUGCCAAUCAGGCCUUUAGGUCUACCGGUGACGGGGUCGAGGAGAUCGUGUCGGCCCUCAGUGCCAAGCCCCAAGUUCAGCAGGGCCACCAAGCUACCAGCUCGAGGCACGCUGAAGGCCGCGCAAAAGCCCCCAAGAAAAAAUCUCAAGGUUCCAAUAAGUUGCCAGGGCCCGAUAUUAAAGGGUCGGAGCCUCCCUUGGUACAACCUGCCUCUGGGAAUUCGAAGCCAACAGCUCGGGCAAGGCCUUCUGCAAAUGAUGCUGGCAAAUUUCUGAAGAAAUCUGGCCGCUUGGAAGGAAAUAGAAAGCAAGGUGGGUCCGAGAUCGAAGCCAGCAACAUGAUAGCCCCUACAGUCCCUUUGCAAUCCGCUUUUACCUUACCGAAAGACCUAGAAACCCCGGACCAGUCUUUUUUAGGCCGCAAUCCAACGGAAGAUGAUGGCGAACAGCCGAAGGCUUCCGUUGCUAAUGUCCCUAAACCCAGCAGUGGGGAGAACGAUGAAGCGGAGGUGUCGGAAACCGCACCUGCACCUGCACCUGCACCAGGGACAUCUGCCGUGUCAGCAGUGCCUCUCGAGCCAAUAUCACAAGCAAUGAGACGAGAUGUCAGCAGUUCAACACAAGGAUCUGCAGACACCGGCCCGUCCAUCUUAAGCUCCACGACGCUGUCGUCUAGUCCCCGGACUGAACGCUCGAACAGUAUUACGCAGGAGCCAUUAUCGCCUAUGGAUCAGGCAGCUUGUUCGUCGUCGGAGGCAACACUAUUUCCUGGUUUUCGCGAUGCUGGGCAGACUGCUAGAGAACAAAAAUCAGAACCCCUACCGAGCUUGGCGCCCUCCGAGACAGGGAAGGGCACCAAAGGUGUUCAAGGAGAAUUGCAAAACCCUACUAACGUCGAAUCCGGAGGGUUCCCGUUAGGACGGAUCGAAGAGGAUCUCGAGCAAGCUCCAAGCAUGUUGUUAAUACAGCCUUCACCACCGCCUUCCGAUCGGGCGAUUCUGAGGAGCCCAGCGCGCAAGCGUGCACCGUCAAUACCACCUCGAUCCAGUUCUCUAGCGGCACCUUUGACACCGAUCAAGACACACCAGAAGAAGAAGCCUCGAAACUUCACACCUGUGAAGGAAGCACCUAGUGAAGACGAUAUGGGUACUCCCUCCAAGGUCACAGGUCUCGCCGUUGAAGGCACGAAGAUGGGUUCGAGUGUGCAGACAACGGGAAAUACGAAACUGAACUUUGCUGUCUUGACUGUUGACACUGGGGCGCGCCCCCUGCCGACCGACAAAUCGAAGGACCUUCCCAAACCAGAGACUCCCUUCCUAAUGGACGAUGGAGUGAGAGUGGCCCCGCCAAAGAUCAGUCAUCAGACUGUGAUGGAGGUCUCGAACGCUGACCGGUACUACGCGCAGAAGAACAACUACCAAGUCUUCCAUCUGGUCAACGCGAUGCAUAUCAAUGCCACUUUCAACAGUCUCAACUCUUCCGAUGCGACAUCAACACAUUCUUCCGAAACGAGCACUUCCGAUCACUCCUCGACAAAGAAACAAAACAACGACGUUGAAACCAUUCUAAGGGAGGCUGGUUUUCGAAGCCUCUCCGGCACCAGCCCGUUCACAAUUAAAGACCCGGAACUGAUUUUGCUUGAAACCAUAGACGAGGGAGGGGACGCAUUGGAGAAACACGCCAACAAACAUGGGCCUAUGCUUUCUUGGGUUGACGAGAAAGGCAAAAUAGGACCAGGGAUGAGUUUGGAUGCAUGGACCAAGCAACAUGAAAUGAUCGAAGUUGUCAAGAAGGCAACUGCUGUGAAGCGACUUCUGGCUGGCUCGCCACCUUGGACCAAAAUAGAGUCACUGCGACAGCAACUUUCGCAAUUCGUCCAUCACUCGUUCUCAGACGCACAGGAGCAGCAGACCACAAAGGCGGAAGCUCAGUCAAUCCUGUGGGCCAAAGCGCUGCUGGACACAACUCCACAACGCGAUUCAUCAACCAGUGAGAUGCAAAAGUGGUCAAGAAAUGCCUCUCGUUUUGUGGAAAAGAAUGCUUCGGAGCCAUCGCCUGCUGACGCGGAGUGCCGGAAGGCUACAACCAAUAGCCCUGGCAAGUCGUCCCGAGGCACGCCCUCGCAGAAGCAACAGCAACAGCGUCGGCACCCAUUGCUUAUCAACAAGCCGGAUCCGCAAACCCUGGUCCGCGAGCUCGGGAAAGAUAAGGAUGCCUUUCAGACUGCCAAUCCUGAAUCGGACAGUUCUCUCAUAAGUGAAUAUAGUACGGAAUCUGAACCUUCACCAAGCACCGUCGGCCGUCGAACUCCUUCUGAAGAGCGACUAACGCCAUCAGUAGCCCUCAUACCAUCUGUGGCUCUCAAUCAAGUCAGCAAGCUGAAGGACAUCUUCGCUGAAAUGGGGGAAGAUCGUCGACGUUGGUCUGAUGAUCGUUACCGGGUCAGCACCCCUCAAGAGGAGGACCGCAUGACAACGUCUGAUCCCCAGCUCAGACCCUUGGGUGGAGAGUUCGACGUGCGUAGAGUGACUGAGGUAAAGGAUGAGGAGCCGGAACCAGAGGUCAAGGAGACGGAGGACGAAGUGCAGCAGAAGCCUCAUGAGCAUGGGCAGAGGGAGAGCAAGGGCAAAGAGCUACGCAGUGAAAAUGAGAAGCAAGAUCAGAGCGUAACCGCCACGUCCGAAGAAACCAGGGAUUCUACAGCUGCUGGGUCAAAGGACACAGCUCCUGUAAAUUCAGAAGAUCCAACACAUCAGAAGCAGCUUUCCUGGUCGCUCGGAGUGUCUUUUCCAUCAUUCGACAGCCACUUUACGACCAGCAACGAAGGCAGUUCAGGAGAAGUGCACCACACGCAGCUAAGAGGUGGGCACAGCCCCCUAAAGCGAAGUGGCUACAAUGCUGUGGCUGGCCGGGGUAUCGAUGCAAAGCGAGGUGGAAGGAAGGAAGGAAGCAAGGAUCCUUGGGCGCUACCACAAGGGGAAAAGCCCUGGGGCAGUGGGGGGGAAGAGCGGGGUGAAAAGAAAAAGCGUCAGCGUCAAUAA